AUUAAAGUUUAAAGAAUGAUUACUAAUACUUUCUUUAAUCAAACAUAGAUUUAUUAAAAAAAAUUAUUUAAAGAAUGAACUCAAUUACAAGAAAGGGUUUAUCCCAAAUCAAAUCCAUUAGAAGUUUUAGUACUGCUUCAAUGAGUCCAUUAGAACCAAAUAAAAAAAUCAACUAUGAAGGUAUUGAUGCUAAAUUAAAACAAUUCAAAACUCACCAUAGUGCUCCACUCACUCUUGCUGAAAAGAUUCUUUAUGGUCAUUUAGAAGAUGCCAACACCAAAGUUGAAAGAGGUGUCACCUAUCUUAAAUUACAUCCAGAUCGUGUUGCUAUGCAAGAUGCUACCGCUCAAAUGGCUGUUUUACAAUUCAUGUCAGCUGGUUUACCAGAAACUGCUGUCCCAACUACCAUUCACUGUGAUCAUUUAAUCGAAGCUUACAAAGGUGGUGAAACUGAUUUAAAACAUGCUAAAGAUAUCAACAAAGAAGUUUACAAUUUCCUUUCAACAAGUGCCAAGAAAUUCGGUAUGGGUUUCUGGAAGCCAGGUAGUGGUAUUAUCCAUCAAAUCGUCCUCGAAAACUAUGCUUUCCCAGGUGGUCUUAUGAUCGGUACUGAUUCACACACUCCAAAUGCUGGUGGUUUAGGUAUGGUUGCUGUUGGUGUUGGUGGUGCUGAUGCUGUCGAUGUCAUGGCUGGUAUCCCAUGGGAAUUAAAAGCUCCAAAAAUCAUUGGUGUUAAAUUAUCUGGUUCAUUAAAAGGUUGGUCAUCACCAAAAGAUGUUAUCCUUCGUGUUGCUGAUAUUUUAACCGUCAAAGGUGGUACAGGUGCUAUCGUCGAAUAUUUCGGUGAAGGUGUUGAAUCACUCUCAUGUACUGGUAUGGCUACUAUUUGUAAUAUGGGUGCUGAAAUUGGUGCUACCACUUCAUUAUUCCCAUUCAACAAACGUAUGGUCGACUACUUAAAUGCUACCGGUCGUAGCAACAUUGCCAACUCUGCUAUGAAAUUCCAAAACAAUUUAGUUGCUGAUUCAGAUGCCAAAUACGAUCAAUUAAUCGAAAUCGAUCUCAACACUUUAGAACCAUACAUUAACGGUCCAUUCACCCCAGAUCGUGGUCACCCACUCUCACAAUUUGCCGAAGCCGUCAAAAAGAAUAACUGGCCAGAAGAAUUAAAAGUUGGUCUCAUUGGUUCAUGUACCAACUCUUCAUACGAAGAUAUGAGUCGUUCAGCUUCAGUCGCCAGACAAGCUCUCGACAAAGGUGUCAAAGCCAAAGCUAAGUUCACCAUUACCCCAGGUUCAGAACAAAUUAGAGCCACCAUUGAACGUGAUGGUCAAAUGAAAACUCUUGAAGAAGUUGGUGGUGUUGUUUUAGCCAACGCUUGUGGUCCAUGUAUUGGUCAAUGGAAGAGAGAAGACGUUCCAAAAGGUGAAAAGAACUCAAUUAUUACUUCAUACAAUAGAAACUUUACUGGUCGUAACGAUAGCAACGUUAACACUCACGCUUUCGUCGCUUCACCAGAAAUCGUCACCGCUCUUACCAUUGCUGGUGAUCUUACCUUCAAUCCAACCACUGAUUUCUUAGUUGACAAAGAUGGUAACAAAUUCAAAUUACAACCACCAACUGGUGAUGAACUCCCAUCAAGAGGUUUCGAUGCUGGUGAAAACACUUAUCAACCACCAUCAAAAGACGGUUCAUCAGUCGUUGUUGAUGUUGACCCAAGCAGUGCUCGUCUUCAACUCUUAGAACCAUUCAAACCAUGGAACGGUAAAGAUUACACAGAUAUGCAAGUUCUCAUUAAAGUCCAAGGUAAAUGUACCACCGAUCACAUUUCAAUGGCUGGUCCAUGGUUAAAAUACAGAGGUCAUUUAGAUAACAUUUCAAACAAUAUGUUAAUUGGUGCCAUCAAUGCUGAAAACGGUAAAGCUAAUGCUGUUCUCAAUCAAUUCACUGGUGAAGUUGCUCCAGUUCCAACCGUUGCUCGUGAUUACAAGAAACGUGGUGUUGAUUGGAUCGUCAUUGGUGAUGAAAACUACGGUGAAGGUUCAUCACGUGAACAUGCUGCUCUUGAACCACGUCACUUAGGUGGUAAAGCUAUUCUCGUCAAAUCAUUUGCUCGUAUUCACGAAACCAAUCUUAAGAAACAAGGUAUCUUACCAUUAACUUUCGCUAAUCCAGCCGAUUAUGACCGUAUCUCUGGUGAUGACCGUAUCUCAAUCAUUGGUCUCAAAGACCUUGCCCCAGGUAAACAACUUACUUUAGUCGUUAAAUCAGCUAAAGAAGGUAAAGAAUUCAAGAUCCAAGUCAACCAAACCAUGAAUGAAGGUCAAAUCGAAUGGUUCAAAGCUGGUUCAGCCCUCAACUACAUCAAAAAACAAAAGAAAUAAAUUUUAGCACACUUUUUUUAAAAAAUUCAAUAAAAACGUUUUAAUAAUAAUAAUAGUUUAUAGAAACAAUAAAAAGAAAAAGAAAAAAAAAAAGAUUAUAUAUUUUUAAUAAUAAUAAUACAAAUAAAAAAAAAAAAUUAAAAAAUAAAAUAUAAAAAAAAAUUAAAAAAUAU